UGAAACCACACGCUACAUACGUAAUAUAGAGAAAAGAGAAAGUUGAUUAAGCAUAUUCUUCACCAUUAAUCUCAAUCCUCUUUGUGACAAAAAAAAAAAAUCUCUAUCCUCUUUGUGUCAUCCAACCUCAUAUACUAGUGUUUACUGAUCUCAAUUUCCAGAUCCCCAAGAACACAACUCAACAAAAAGGCUCUCUCUUCUCUUUUCUUUUGUUAGUUCUCUCUCUAUAUAUGUAUAUAUAUUCACUAACUCACCCACACACAUUCUCUCGCCUCUCUCUAAAUUCACACAUCAAGAAUCAAGAAUAAUUGACUUUAGGGUUUCAGAUUCUCUCUGAAAUGAAUCCUGAGGAAGAGAAAAGGGAAAAUAAGAAAAAGAGGAGAGAGAUGGGAAGAGGGAAGAUAGAGAUAAAGAAGAUAGAGAAUCGGACAGCGAGGCAAGUGACCUUUUCCAAGAGAAGAAGUGGUGUUAUCAAGAAAGCUCAUGAGCUCUCUGUUCUCUGCGAUGCUCACAUCGGUCUCAUCGUCUUCUCCGCCACUGGAAAGCUCUACCAGCACUGCACCGAACCCCUCACGAUGCCUCAGCUCAUUGACCGAUACUUGCAGACCAACGGAUUGCGACUCCCUGAUCCUAAUGACAACCGGGAGGAAUUCUGUCAUGAGAUAGAAGUACUAAGAAGAGAGACAUGUAAGCUUGAGCUCCGUCAGCGUCUAUACCGUGGACAUGGCCUAGCCUCCAUUCCUCCACACGAGCUCGAUGGACUAGAGCAACAGCUCGAACAUUCUGUGCUUAAAAUUCGUCAGCGUAAGAAUGAGUUGAUGCAACAACAGUUGGAGAAUCUAAGCAGAAAGAGGCGGAUGCUAGAAGAUGAUAACAACAAUAUGUACCGUUGGCUUCAUGGGCAUCGUGCCACGACUGAGUUUCAGCAAGGUGGGAUAGAGACCAAACCAGGGGAAUAUCAACAGUUUCUAGAGCAAGUUCAGUUCUAUAAUGAUCAGCAACAACAACCAAACAGUUUUCUUCAGCUUGCUACUCAUCCGUCCGAGAUUGAUCUCAAUUACCAUCUCCACCUUGCUCAGCCUAAUCUUCAAAACGAUCCAAUGGCCAAUAUCUGAUAAGUCCUCGACCAGAUUUACUCUUUCUUUAUGGAGACAAAUAAAUGAACAAUGAAGUAUCGUUUUCUGUCUUUUAUUACCUAUUUUAAUUAGCCAGUGCCUUUCUUCUUUGUGUAUGUUUGUGUUGACAUGGAACGUUUGUUUGAAUUGAGAAGAAUAAUAUGGUCUUGAUUAUAUGAUUAACUAGCCAUCAUAAGUAUUACAAGAUUGCCAAAUAGAGAUCAACGGUUUACGUAAACAUAGAUGAGUUCCAUUCAUUACAUACCAUGCAUAUGAUGAAAAUAAUGAAUGUUUACUAACAUCAGAAAUAGUCAACAGGGCAAAGAGAUUUUUGUUUGGAAACUUAACAAUAGAAGGAUUUUUUUUGUGGAAAGAGCAUAGAUUCUGGGGCAAGUAUACUCGUGAUUUUGACGGUGAUGAUGAUUAUAUUUUUAGUUUAAAAGCUUGUUUGAGAAAAUUAAAGAUUAAUGGUGGUUUGUUAGGAUGUAAUUACUGUUUGAAAUACGACAAUAAUUGAAGAAAUAUAUUAGCAAAAUGCUCUGGGUGUAGGUCAUUAAUAAAAUUAUUGUCAUAAAGAAAAGAAAAUCUCGAUGAUGAGACAAUCAACAUAACAAGAUCUUGCGUAUCUGCCAUGUCUACUUACCAAUCAAUGACCUCACUGAUGGUUUCCUUUGCAAUCUCUUCAAUAGUUACAUGUAAACAACUUUAAUCCAAAAGAUUAUCUUGAUCCACAGAAUUUGUGUUCACAUUAGCUAAAAUCACUACCCGGAUUAAUCGUCCUAAAAUCAAAAGUUUUUUUUGGCUUUGGUAAGAGUUGUAAUAGAUCAAGAAUACCUCUUAUCCAGAAUCAACCAUUGCUUAUAAAUGCACAUAACAUCCUGCACCAACCGCAAAAGGGCCGGGUUGACCCACCUAGCUUAAAUUCUCCUGCCGGUGCCUGGCCCACCGCAAGAUAUCCACCGGCGUGAAGUCCACCGCGUUAUGACAAAUAAGAAGCAAAAAAAAAAAAAAAUUCUCCAUAAUAAUAUUUUCUUAAGUUUAUCAAAAAAUAGUAUAAAAAUUCUAAAAUGUCACUCAUUUAGCAAAAAAUAAACUAAAAUAUUAUAAUUCCUAAAUCUUAAUCAUUCAGAUUCCCUAAAUAAUAAAUUUUAAAUUCUAAUCACUAAACUCAAACCUAAAUAUAAAACUUAAAUUAUUUUAAAAUUUUAAAUUAAUGAUAUUUUAGAUCUUUUUCUUAUGUGCUAUUUUAUAAUAAAAAAAUGUUUUAGUAAUAUAUUUCAAGAAAAAAAAACAAAAGGAGAUGAGCUGUUACAAGGACCCACACCACACAUGUGCUCUCUCCUUCCUGUUUCCACCAGCUCCUGCCUCUCAAUCAUUAGCUUCCCUUCCUCUUCCUCCUCUGAAUGUGUUUCAGUGAGUCAUAGACUGCUUAGCUACCAUUCCCUUUUCCUUCUUCUUCCAAGAACCAUGUCUAAUACCACCAACGGAGUUAUGAUCUCAAACGUAGACAUACUCGAACGCCAGAGACAAAAACAACAACAGCAACCAUCAGAGGGAGCUCUUGUUGUGAAGAAAGCUCCAGCGAAAGAUCGACACACCAAAGUAGACGGAAGAGGGAGGAGGAUACGUAUGCCAAUCAUAUGCGCAGCACGUGUGUUCCAGCUAACAAGGGAGCUCGGCCACAAGUCCGACGGACAAACUAUCGAAUGGCUCCUCCGUCAAGCUGAGCCUUCCAUCAUAGCCGCAACGGGAACCGGCACGACCCCGGCGAGCUUCUCCACCACCUCAACAUGCACUUUCUCCUCGUCUUCUCUAGAUCAUAAACCUUUACUAGGUUCCUCACCGUUUAUACUUGGAAAACGCGUGAGAGAGGGUUCCGGAGGUGCUAUACCAGCUGGGUUUUGGUCUGUUCCGGCGAGGCCAGAGUUCGGACAAGUUUUGAGCUUUGCCGCCGGAGCUCCACAUGAGAUGUUCUUGCAACAACAUCAACAACAAGAAGCAGCUGCCCUUUUUGUUCACCAGCAGCGACAGCAACAAGGUGCAAUAGGUGAAGCUUCGGCAGCUAGAGUCGGUAAUUAUCUUCCGGGUCAUCUUAACUUGCUUGCUUCUUUAUCUGGUGGAGUUCCCGGGUCGGGUCGGAGAGAGGAUGGCCCACGUUGAAGUUGAGCUCCUUUUUAGUUUGGGAUAUGUGUGUGUUGUAGUAUUUAGAAAUUGAUUGAUUGAUCCCAUGGGCUAUGUGAGAGUAUCGUUAGUGUUUUAGCUAAACUAGGGUUAGGUUUAAUUAAGAACCUUAUCUUAAAGAUUUGUUUCAUGCAGUUUUUUUUUUUUUUUGUGGAAGAUCAAGAUUUACUUAGUACAUCAUUUAGGGCAAUUAAGAAACCGUGGAGGUUUUGCCCUUUUGUCUGUUUUUUUCCGGUGAAGCAGAGCCGUCGUCAAAGUAAUAUUAUUAUAAAUUUAUUUAUAUUGUUUCUUGUUGUUGUUUCUGAUAGUGUAAUGUGUUACAACUUACAACAAUUGAUUGUGGUGCGUAAGCUGAUCGAUUACCACGUUUGUUUUUUAAUAAAAUGUUACAGGCUUCUACGUA